AUGUUGGAAGCGAAGCUGCAGCACGCCAGCGUUCUCCGCCGGCUCUUCGAGUCUAUUAAGGACAUGGUUAGCGAUGUCAACCUGGACUGCGAUGAUUCGGGUCUCCGCCUUCAGGCCAUGGACUCCUCCCACGUUGCGCUUGUCGCGCUCAAGCUCGAUGACGUCGGCUUCGUUCACUUCCGCUGCGACCGCGAGCGGUCCUUGGGGCUGAACUUGGCGAGCGUCUGCAAAGUCUUCAAGCUCUGCAGCAACGCGGACUCAUGCAGCAUUCAGAACGAGGAAGACUCCGACACCGUGACGUUCGUCUUCGAAAACGAAGCGGACGAGAGGCUGUCGAGCUUCAGUCUGCGCCUCAUGGCGAUUGACCAGGACGCCCUGCGCGUCCCUGAGGACGAAACGAGCCACGACGUGACCGUGAAGAUGUCUGCGCGCGAGUUCGCGAACGUGGUGCGCAUCAUGGGCGAGUUCUCGGACAGCGUGCGCGUGGAGGUUGACAAACUCGGAGUCAAGUUCGUCACGCAGGGCGACCUCGGCGUUGGCGAAGUCCUCCUCAAGCCUAAGCCCUUCUCCAGCGGAGACGACAACGGCGUCGAAAUCCAAGUGAACUCGCCGGUGUGCCAGACGUACGCGGUGAAGUAUUUGAACUACUUUGCGAAGGCGGCGUCGCUGAGCAGCUCCGUGACGCUCUCGCUGACAGACCAGAACCCGAUUGAAGUCCGCUUUGACAUCUUGGAGCCCGCCGCGGGUGCGGUCGGCGCCGUUGGCGACCGCGGGGGCGAGGAGUCCCAGGGCGACGGCGAGGGUCGCGCGCGCGAGGGCCGCCGGCAGCCCCAGCAGCUGCGGUCGCGCAUCGGGCACGUGAAGUUCUUCCUGGCGCCCAAGAUGGACGAUGACGCGCUCGGUGGUGAAGAGGGAAAUGCAGGCGGCAUGGAGGAGUCCGCGAUGGACGACUAA